UUUUAAAUAAAAUGAGUCGACCCAGAAAGAUUGGAGGUAAAAAGAAAAAAGGGAAAGGAAAGGCAAAUAGGCAUUUUGAAGAGAUCCCAGAUGAAGUCUCCGAUGAUAAGCUCGGAGGUGAUGACAUGAUGAACCCGGAUCUUGCUACUCAGAAAGACAUGGACCAUAUUUCAUUGAACACUGAAGAAAGAAAAGAACUCAUCACUAAAGCUUUGAACACCAACAAUCCAUGUGCACCUCACAAUGAGACUCAGUACUCUCACAAAGAGAAAAUCUUCAAGAAAGAUGAACUUGUUGACCAGAUGGUUGUUCAUUUCUCUCUCGAUAAUGAUAUUAUCCUCAUUGACUCAGAUGAAUACAGGGAUCAGGAAGACUUCAGGGAUAUCAAGAAGCAGAGAAACAGAGAACUUCUUGAUUUCGUCAAUGAUGGAAUCAAAGAUGAAGAGUUUUCGAACUAUAGACUUGAUGAUGACCCAACUGCUCAGAAGAAGAGUCUCAGAAACACUUUCAACUUCCAAGAAAGAUCUUGUCAAACAUUCAAUUUGCAAUUAAGAGAAAAAGGAAUCAAGACUGACCCUCCUCAGUGCUCCAGAUUCUUCCGUGAAACCACUCAGUGGGAAAUCUUUGACAAGUACAUGGCUGAUUACGAAGAACAGCAAAGAAUCGAGUGGGAAGAACAACAAAAGAACAAAAAGAAAGGCAAGAAGAACCAACAGCAAGUCCAACAGGUUAGAGAAGAUCCUCUUUACAGUGCUUCGAUGAAGAGAGCUCUUAAAAUCAUGGAGCGGAUGAUAGUUCAAGGUGCUGACUUUGACAAGUUCAGUGACUACAAGUACUACCAUGACGAGACCGAAGGCACUGACUCUCCAAACACCGGAACUGUGCUCCCGCUCUGGAGAUUUUCUACCGACAAAAGCAGAAGAAAGCAAGUCACAAGCAUUUGCUGGAACCCUAAAUACAAAGACUUGUUUGCUGUUGGGUAUGGGUCGUAUGACUUCUUGAAAGAAACUAGCGGACUCAUUUGUUGCUACACAAUCAAGAACCCAACUUGGCCAGAGUACUCAUUCACGACUGAGAGCGGUGUCAUGUGUUUGGACUUCCACAAAAAAAAUCCUGCACUCCUUGCUGUUGGUUUGUAUGAUGGUACUGUAAUGGUGUUCGACAUCAGAGCCAAGAGCAACAAAGCCAUUUACCAGUCAACAGUCAGAACUAUGAAGCACACAGACCCAGUCUGGCAAGUCUCGUGGGACGAAAACGAAAUGUUGUUCUACUCCAUUUCUUCAGACGGUAGAGUCAGCAGGUGGACCUUGAUGAAGAAUAAGCUUGAGCCAGAAGAAGUCUUAAAACUCAAGCUAGUUUUGGAUCAAGAGAAAGAACUUGUCGACAAUAAGAAGGAGUCAUUUAUGUACGGACUUGCAGGAGGAAUGUGCUUCGACUUCAACCCGUUCAAUGACGACCAGUUCCUCGUUGGAACUGAAGAAGGCAAAAUCCAUUUGUGCUCCAAAGCCUAUUCAGGACAGUAUCUUGAAACUUAUGAAGGCCACUUUUUGGCUGUAUAUGCGGUCAAGUGGAACAAGUACCAUCCAAGAGUGUUCUUGUCAUGCUCUGCUGACUGGAAAAUCAAAAUGUGGGAUAAAGAGAUCACAAGACCAAUUUUGAGUUAUGACUUAGGAUGAGCAGUCGGAGAUGUUGAGUGGGCUCCUUACUCAUCAACUGUGUUUGCUGCUGUUAUUUACACUGGACAACUGUAUGUGUAUGAUCUGGACCAAGAGAAACACAAGUUUAUGUGUGAACACACAGCCAUGAAGGACGCAGUCGCAAACCAUGUUUCGUUUAACCAAGAGGACCCCAUCAUUUUAGUGGGAGACCAAAAGGGAGGAGUCAACUCAUUCAUCUUGUCGAAGAAUCUGAAGAGAGGUCCUAUUGAGCCUAUCAACGAAGAAGACGUCAAGAAGUCAUCUGAAGAACUUGAGAAAGAGAAAAUGGAGAAGUUCUUGUCCACACAAGACAAAGAAGUGUACUAACGUGCUCGUGCUCCCAUGGUUUCAAUAAAACUUUAUUAA